AUGAGAGUUUUUCACGUUUUAAAAAAUUUUAAUAUUCUAAGAAAUUCAAUAGUUAAAAGUUGUAAAAAUGAGAAGACAGUAAAAUUUAAAAAAGUUUUAAUAAAUAAUUUAUGUAGUGUAAAAAAAAAUAAUGAAUUUACUGAAAAUUUGAAUGAAAAUAAUUUUAAUAAUAAAAUUAUUAAUAAAGAGUUAAAUAAUAACAAUGAAACAAAAAUUACAAAUGAUGGUCAUAUUGAAUUGGUAGAUACUAAUUUAAAUGUUGAUAUAAAAAACACAUUAAAUAAAGAUAAUGAAUUUAUUGAAAAAAAUGAAAUUUUUGAUGAUAUUGGAGAAAAACAAAAAAGUAAGAUUAAUAGAUUUUAUUUAGAUAGUCAAGCAACUACAAUGAUUGAUCCUAGAGUAUUAGAUAAAAUGUUACCAUAUUUAACAUACAUAUAUGGAAAUGCGCAUUCAAGGAAUCAUUUUUUUGGUUGGGAAUCUGAAAAAGCAGUAGAAGAUUCAAGAAAAAAUAUUAUUGAUUUAAUUAAUGGGAAAAAUAAUAAAGAAAUUAUAUUUACUUCAGGAGCAACUGAAAGUAACAAUUUAGCUUUAAUAGGAAUAUGCACUUAUUAUAAUAAACUUAAUAAUAAGAAAAAUCAUAUCAUAACUUCACAAAUUGAACAUAAAUGUAUUUUACAAACAUGUAGAUAUUUACAGACAAAGGGAUUUGAAAUAACUUAUUUAAAACCUGAUGAAAAAGGUAUUAUAAAAUUAGAAGAUAUUAAAAAUAACAUAAAAGAUAAUACUAUAAUGGCAUCUUUUAUUUAUGUAAAUAAUGAAAUUGGUGUAAUUCAAGAUAUUGAAAAUAUUGGGAAAUUAUGCAAAGAAAAAAAUAUUAUAUUUCAUACUGAUGCAUCACAAGCAGUUGGGAAGAUUCCUAUUGAUGCUCAAAAAAUGAAUAUUGAUUUAAUGUCUAUAUCUGCUCAUAAAAUAUAUGGACCUAAAGGAAUUGGUGCAUUAUAUAUUAAAAGAAAAAAACCAAACAUCAGAUUAAAUGCAUUAAUACAUGGGGGGGGACAAGAAAGAGGAUUAAGAUCUGGAACUUUGCCUACUCAUUUAAUUGUUGGAUUUGGUGAAGCUGCAAAUAUAUGUAUCAAAGAAAUGGAUAGAGAUAACAGAAAAAUGCGAUUUUUUUUUAAUUAUGUAAAAGAUUAUUUAUCAAAACAUUUAGAUUAUAUUGUAUUUAAUGGGUGUCAAAUAAAUAGAUAUUUUGGGAAUGUUAAUAUUUCCUUUUUAUUUGUAGAGGGAGAAAGCUUAUUAAUGUCAUUAAAUGAUAUUGCUCUAAGUUCUGGUUCUGCUUGCACAUCUAGUACCUUAGAACCAAGCUAUGUUUUAAGAUCAAUAGGAGUAUCAGAGGAUAUCGCACAUACAUCUAUAAGAAUUGGUUUUAAUAGAUUUACAACUUUUUUUGAAGUGAAACAAUUGUGUAUUAAUUUAGUUAAAGCAGUUAAAAGGUUAAGAAGUAUUUCACCAUUAUAUGAGAUGGAAUUAGAAAAAAAGUCUUCAAACGAAACACCUCAAUUUAUAUGGACAUGA